UGGUUCGGGUGUCUUGGCUUGCCGGCGGGGUGGGAGAGUAAGUUGUUGAGCGAUAUAGCGCGGGGGCACAGGGUUCAGGUGGAAAAUCCAGCCAAUUCCCCUCAAGGUGUGUUUUUGGGGUCUGUUUUGGGGUUUUUUUGUUGGGUUUUCAGUGUUUCCUUUGUUUGUGUGUUUGGGCUUUGUUUUGGUGUUUAUUUGGGGAGGCGGGUUGUUGUGGUUUUGGGGUUUUUUGUUUGGUUUUUUUUUGUUUGUUUUGUUUUUAAUAGGGCACAGAGGAAAACGUUAGUGCACAAUGCUGAAAUUGGUGAUCUGGUCGCUGAGCAUAAGAACAAGGUGAACAGCUGCACCUUCACCAAAGCAACCACCUGCAUUCCUUUUCUCCUCUGGAAUGGACAAUGGGAUGGUCUCUGACUUUAUCAUGAUCAAAAACUUCUUCCUCUUCUGCGUUUCCAUUAGUUUAGCCAGCCACUUUGGCUUCUCACAAACGCCAACAGCGUCAGGAAAAGAGGACACCAAUGAUAACAUCACUAUAUUCACCAGGAUCUUGGAUGGUUUGCUGGACGGCUACGACAACCGACUGCGCCCAGGACUGGGAGAGAGAAUAACUCAGGUGAAAACAGACAUCUAUGUUACCAGUUUUGGUCCUGUGUCAGACACAGAAAUGGAAUACACCAUUGAUGUUUUUUUCCGACAAAGCUGGAAGGAUGAAAGGCUGCGAUUCAAAGGACCUAUGCAACGCCUCCCUCUUAACAACCUGCUUGCCAGCAAGAUUUGGACCCCAGACACUUUCUUCCACAAUGGCAAGAAGUCUAUUGCUCACAACAUGACAACCCCAAACAAACUUCUGCGCCUGGAGGAUGACGGCACUCUGCUGUAUACCAUGAGAUUGACCAUCUCUGCUGAAUGUCCCAUGCAGCUUGAAGAUUUCCCCAUGGAUGCACAUGCUUGCCCAUUAAAAUUUGGAAGCUAUGCUUACCCCAAUUCUGAAGUGAUCUAUGUGUGGACUAACAGCACCACAACGUCUGUGGUGGUGGCCGAAGAUGGCUCACGACUUAACCAGUACCACCUGAUGGGACAAACUGUAGGAACCGAAAACAUCAGUACCAGUACAGGUGAAUAUACUAUUAUGACAGCCCAUUUUCAUCUGAAAAGAAAAAUUGGUUAUUUUGUCAUCCAAACAUACCUUCCUUGCAUUAUGACUGUGAUCUUAUCACAAGUGUCGUUUUGGCUAAACAGAGAAUCUGUCCCUGCUAGGACUGUCUUUGGAGUAACAACAGUCCUCACCAUGACCACCUUAAGUAUCAGUGCCCGUAACUCUUUGCCAAAAGUGGCCUACGCUACUGCAAUGGACUGGUUUAUAGCUGUUUGCUAUGCCUUUGUAUUUUCUGCAUUGAUUGAAUUUGCAACAGUCAAUUAUUUCACCAAGAGGAGUUGGGCAUGGGAUGGCAAAAAAGCCCAGGAAGCUGCAAAAAUCAAGAAAAAAGAGCGCAACUUGUUGGGAAAUAAAUCAACUAAUACUUACACAACUGGGAAGAUGACCCCUGCACCAAACAUGCCAAAGGACUCAGCCCCAUCUGUCAUCUCAAACACUACAUCUGCUCCAGUGAAGUCUGCAGAAGAAAAGCCUGCUGAAAGCAAAAAGACUUACAACAGCAUCAGUAAGAUUGACAAAAUGUCACGGAUAAUUUUUCCAGUGCUGUUUGGAACUUUUAACUUAGUUUACUGGGCUACAUAUUUGAAUAGGGAGCCUGUAAUUAAAGGUGCCAAUUCUCCAAAAUAAACUGAAGUACUCUGAAGCCACAUGUGAGCCAUACUUACAAAGCAGAUGCUACCAAGGAAAAUUUGAGAUCCAGAUGACUUUCUACACAUUUGGGCAAUAUUCUUCAGGAAGUUUUUUGCAUGUUUAAUAAUAUGUACAAAUAAUAUUGCCUUGAUUGUUUCUACAUGUAACCUCAGAUGUUUUGGAGACGAUUAUAUUACUUACAGCAAUUGAUCUUUAUAAAAGAUCAGAAGACAUUGAACAUGGCUUCUUUGCUGCUGAGUAUCUUGCAUUGAUAGUUUACAAAUAAAAUAAGUUAUAUUUUUUAACUGUUCAGGUGUACUACAUAUCGUGGUUUUUAUACUUCAGAUGUACAGUCAUUCAAAUAUAAGCUUAACCUAUAUUUUACAGAAGAGCUCUACUGUUGUCAUCUGAUAAGUUACUGAGUAACGCCAGUUGUAAAUGUGCCAAAUUAUUAAGUGUAGGGCUAUGUUUGAGCACCUUUACUAGUUACAGGCAGUGCAUUGCUCCACAGAUAAAACUGCUCAGCCCAAUUUUCAUUGGAAGUUAAAAACAAUGCCAUAAAUCCUAAUGGGACUAUGCAGAUUUUCACUGCUUGAGACUCUAGCUUGCACUGAAAUAACAUAGGGAGCAGGAUGCUACUUGUGUAAAUAAAGUGGUGGAAUCUUGCACUUAAAUGAAAAGGUUUGUUUGGACUUUGCAUUCCAAGAAAUUUUGCCUAACAAUUCUCAGUAUUUAUUCCAAAAAUUAAGAGUUAUAUUGCAUGAAAUUAACAUAGAUUAGGAACAUACUUGUGCAAAUAAAACUUUUAACAACAGCAGUAGACAUUUUUAUCAGGGUAAAGUAAAUGAUGUUUGGACAUUUUCCCCAGAAGAAGAUUGUGUUAUAUUAGCAGAGAUUAUGCUGCAGUAAUUAUUACUUGUUUCCCACAGCAAAAACCAGUCAGCCAACACUAAGGGGUGUAAUCAGAAAAAAAGAUGUACUUCGUGACAGCAAGGUGUUUCAGUGACAAUAUUGGCAGAAAGGUCUUUGUACUGUCCAUCUGAAACUUUUCUAUAAAACGCCUUGCUGCUGACAAUGUGUUUUGCUUUCACAAUGAAUGAGAAAAUGCAGUCUGAGUUUUCAGCUCUUUCCUCCUUGGCAUCCUUUAAUUGUUCCAGAAGCUUUUGUAUUUAAAUCUUAAUGUUUAAAUAAAAAAUGCAUUCAACAUUUGAUUGCAAAA